UCUCUCUCUCUCUCACACACACACACACACACCCCCCCGUCCCUCCCUUCCGACCAUCUGCAGCCCGCUGGCAGUGACAUGUAGCCGGACCUGGGUGCGACAUGAACGGGGCUCAGCUCAGUGAACUCCCGGACGACUCGGAGCAGCUCGGGCCGUAUGUGAGAGGCCUGAGGCGGAGAGCCCUGCAGGCCAGCGAGCUGUCCGCUGUCAGGACCUUCUCCGACCGGUUCCUCAUCAGGUUCCUGCGGGCCAGAGACGUGGACGUGGAGCUCUCUGUGAAGCUCUUACUGAACUACCAGCGAUGGAGGAGGGAAAGUCCUGAGAUCAGCACCUGUCUGUCUCCCUCCUCGGUGCUGGGCCUCCUCAACACAACGUACCAUGCUGUCCUCCCACAGCGGGACCACACUGGCAGCAGGGUGCUCAUCUACAGGAUUGGGCAGUGGAACCCAAAAGACUGGUCGGCCUUCCAGGUGUUCAGGGUCAGCCUGAUGACAUCAGAGAUCAUCUCCACGGAGACAGAGACGCAGAGACGGGGUCUGAAGGCCAUAUUUGACCUGCAGGGGUGGAGUUUAGGCCACGCCCUGCAGAUCACCCCUUCCCUUGCCAGAAAGAUAUCCUCUAUACUGUCGGACGCUUUUCCACUGAAGGUCAGAGGAAUCCAUCUGGUUAACGAGCCGAUGUUCUUCCGGCCAGUCUUCGCCAUGAUUCGUCCCUUCCUGCCAGAUAAGAUCAAACAGAGGAUCCAUAUACACGGUGCUGAUUUCCACGACACUUUAAGCGACUUCUUCUCACCGCCCGUCCUACCUCCAGAAUAUGGAGGGGAGGGGCCUGGCAUAGAGGAGGCCUGUCAGGACUGGACCAAUCAGCUGCUUCAAUCAGAGAAGCUCCUGCAGCAGAUUGCCACUCACCGAACAGGUGACAUCGCCAUUUCUCCUCAGGACUCCUUGAUCCCAGAGGAAGUAGAGACGGAGCAGGAAUGAUGUGUUGGAUCACACAUUGACACUGCUGUAUUUAGCUUUGGAUCAAAACAGCCCAGCACUGUCUGGCAGCCAUUUUGAGGCCUUAACUCGCGAUUACUCACUGUGCAAGUUGUUGGCUGCAUCAGGAGAGCUGUCUGUGCUGCUUUCAAACAUUUCAGCACUGGUCCAUCUGUUUACAUGAUGUUUGUCUGUUAGCUGACUUCCUGGUUACAUUGCUCAGUGAAAUCUGACCAAAUGGAGAAGUUGCAUCUUCUAACUGAUUUACACAUAUUUGCUUUUUUUCCAAGGGUGACAUGAAGAGGCCGAUGUCAAUCUUGUGUCUGUGUUUUAAGUACUAGGUUUGAGUCCCGAUGUAGUUAGCCUAGCUUAGUUUGAAGACUGGAAAUAUGAGGAGACAUCUAGCUUGGCUCUGUACGUAAAAAAGAAAACUAGCAACACCUGGACAGCGUACUAAAUAUCUCGUUUGUUUAACCUGUACUCAAAAAGAAAUGGACGAAGAAGAAAUGGGGCAACAAGAAAGAAAGUCGGGAGACAAGCUGCACAGAAGUGCUGGGUGUCAUUUGUCAAGAAAUAGUUCCAGCAUGUAACUCUCUGUUUUGACAUUUCUCUUCAUUUCAAUGUGGACCCAACAGGAUGUAGAGUAUUGUGUAAAUAAGAACGCUUCCUUUCUUUCCCUCCUGUUUUUACACUAAACUAGGCCAACAAUGUCAUGAUGCCAGCUUUGUACUUAAAGCACCAACAUGGAAGUGGUACCAAUGUGCUUACAAAGCAUAUUUUUCACAAUGUUGAAGUAUUUUUAUAUAAUUAAUACAUUUUUAAUUCAUGUAUAAAUUUGACUAGUACCUGCAGGUAGCUCAGUGUUAACAGUUUGUUCAGCUUAACUGAGACUAGAUCUAAAGGUUCCCCAGUUUACUGUCACCUCCACCUGGAAACACACCUACCUUAUCAUGUCUGUUACAGCAACACAGGUUUAUUCAGGGAUCCCUCUGGUUUAGUCCUUCUAUAGGUAGACAUUCACAACCCACAGCCGCUUCCCCAGUGGACCUCAGGGAGGGAGAGGAGGAGAUUUGUGUAGCAGCUGCAGGGCACAACCUUCAUCCAGAGGACCGAGCAACAAGCCCUCAUCUGACUGUAAAAUCCUGUGAACUCAGUUUAAGCAGCGCUGGGAGAUGUGAUGCUUUGUGGAAGCCAAACGGUUUACAACUGUGUUUUCAUGUCACCAUGGACAGCAACGCUGCAGAGGAGCAUGAACUCUGACUUCCCUCCAGCUCAUCACUCCAUCCAGACCUUCAUCUCAUCAGUCAGCCAAACCAACCCCCCCACUCCUCUAUCCAUCCAUAGUUGAUCACUGGAGCUGUCUCAACGUUUACCAAAUGUCUUCACUUCAUGAAAAGAAACCUUUGACUAUGUUAGUACACAUAUUAUGCACAUAUCCCAUAAACCCAGGUAUUGUUCCAAAAAAUAUAAAGUUACUGUUCACACUGA